GCGCCGAGCUCUGCACGCGAAGAGGGGCUAGUGAGCCCUGGCAGGGCCGGAGGGGCUCGGCAGUCCGGUCCUCGAGCUUGGAGGACAGAUGUGCCCAGGUGUCGUCGGGGCGUGCAGGUCUGAGCUCGGAUGAAGUUCUUGGAGAGGGCAAGACGGCGGUGACGAGAUGUCUGUGGAGGAGCCCUGCCUCCCUAGUGCGCCCAGAACCCCCGUCGCACGGGGAGCCCAGCGCUCGCCUGGCCCCGAGCUGCGCCUGACUAGCCAGCUACUGCCGGAACUCUAUACCUUCGUGGUACGCGUGCUGUUCUACCUGGCGCCCGUCUACCUGGCCGGCUACCUGGGGCUCAGCAUACUCUGGGUGCUGCUCGGCGUCCUGCUUUGGAUGUGGUGGCGCCGGAACCGCCGAGGGAAGCUCGGGCGCCUGGAGGCCGCUUUCGAGUUCCUCAACAACGAGCGCCAGUUCAUCAGCCGCGAGCUGCGGGGCCAGCACCUGCCGGCCUGGAUCCACUUUCCAGAUGUGGAGCGGGUCGAGUGGGCCAACAAGAUUAUUGCCCAGAUUUGGCCCUACCUGACCAUGAUCAUGGAAAACAAGGUUCGGGAGAAACUGGAGCCCAAGAUCCGAGAGAAGAGCACCUACCUAAGGACCUUCACCUUCACCAAGCUCUACUUUGGACAAAAGUGUCCCAGGGUGACCGGAGUAAAGGCACACACUAACAAAAGUAACCCAAGACAGGUGACCUUGGACCUACAGAUAUGCUACAUCGGGGACUGUGAGAUCAGUGUGGAGCUGCAGAAGAUACAUGCCGGUGUGAAAGGCAUCCAGUUGCAGGGCACCUUGAGGAUCAUCCUGGAGCCCUUGUUGGUGGACAAGCCCUUUGUGGGGGCUGUGACUGUAUUCUUCCUUCAAAAGCCACACCUGCAGAUCAACUGGACAGGUCUGACCAACCUGCUGGAUGCACCCGGAAUCAACGAGGUGUCAGAUAGCCUGCUGGAGGACCUCAUCGCUGCCCACCUGGUGCUGCCCAAUCGCGUGACUGUGCCUGUGAAGAAGGGUCUGGAUGUGACCAACCUGCGCUUCCCUCUGCCCUGCGGGGUGAUCAGAAUCCACUUGCUGGAAGCCGAGAAGCUGGCCCAGAAGGACAACUUUCUGGGACUGGGAUGCAAGUCAGACCCCUAUGCCAAGGUGAGCAUCGGCUUGCAGCAUUUCCGGAGCAGGACCAUCUACAAGAAUCUGAACCCCACCUGGAAUGAGGUAUUUGAGUUCAUGGUGUAUGAAGUCCCUGGUCAGGACUUGGAGGUGGACCUGUAUGAUGAGGAUACUGACAAGGAUGACUUCCUGGGCAGCCUGCAGAUCUGCCUCGGGGAUGUCAUGACGAAUAGAGUGGUGGAUGAGUGGUUUGUCCUGAAUGACACAACCAGCGGACGGCUGCACCUGCGGCUGGAGUGGCUUUCACUGAUCACUGAUCAGGAGGCACUGACAGAAGACCAUGGUAACCUUUCUACUGCCAUCCUUGUGGUCUUCUUGGAGAAUGCCUGCAACCUACCGAGAAAUCCAUUUGACUACUUGAAUGGUGAAUAUCGAGCCAAAAAAUUCUCCAGGUUUGCCAAGAAUAAGGUCAGCAGAGACCCUUCUUCCUAUGUCAAGCUAUCUGUAGGCAGGAAGACAUACACGAGUAAGACGUGUCCCCACAGCAAGGACCCUGUGUGGAGCCAGGUGUUCUCCUUUUUUGUGCACAACGUGGCAGCUGAGCAGCUCUGUCUGAAGGUGCUGGAUGAUGACCAGGAGUGUGCUCUGGGAGUGCUGGAGUUCCCCCUGUGCCAAAUCCUCCCCUAUGCUGACCUCACCCUGGAGCAGCGCUUUCAGCUGGACCAUUCAGGCCUGGACAGCCUCAUUUCCAUGAGGCUGGUGCUGCGGUUCCUGCGAGUGGAGGAACGAGAGCUGGGGAGCCCGUACACAGGACCUGAAGCCUUAAAGAAAGGUCCUCUGUUCGUCAAGAAGGUGGUUACCAACCAUGGUCCCAAAGCCCCACUCCAGGGAGAAGGCCCUGCAGACUUGCUGUGUCCUCCAGACCCUGCUUCUUACACCAUGGAUGCCUCCAAGAGCACACUAACCACUUCCAGUGCUUCCACCAACCCUGUACCCCAAGAGACAAUCUUAGAGCCCAAAGGCAAAGACAGUGCCAAUGGGUUCUCUGAGCCCAUGGGGAAGAAGAAGAGUUCAACCACCAUCUUCCUGACUGUCCCAGGCCCCCAUUCUCCAGGACCCAUCAAGUCACCCAGACCCAUGAAACGCCUUGCUUCCCCAUUUGUAUGGCCGCCCAAGGGUCUGGGUCCCAGCAUCUCCUCGCUCAACUCCCUGGCCUCUUCCUGCUUUGAUCUGACAGAUACCACCUUCAACACUGAAGUUGGCAAUUGCAGACAGCAGGGCCUUGGUGAGAUCCAGCUCACGGUGCGCUAUGUGUGUCUGUGGCGAUGCCUCAGGGUGCUGGUCAAUGGCUGCAGAAAUUUGACACCGUGUACCAGCAGUGGAGCUGAUCCCUAUGUCCGUGUCUACUUGUUGCCAGAAAGGAGGUGGGCAGGUCGUAAGAAGACCUCAGUGAAGCACAAGACGCUGGAGCCCCUGUUUGAUGAAACAUUUGAAUUUUUUGUUCCUAUGGAAGAAGUAAAGAAGAGGUCACUAGAUGUUGCAGUCAAAAAUAGUAGGCCACUUGGCUCACACAGAAGGAAGGAGUUAGGAAAAGUACUGAUUGAUUUAUCAAAAGAAGAUUUGAUUAAAGGCUUUUCACAAUGGUAUGAGCUGACUCCAGACGGACAGCAGAGAAGCUGAUGAGUACUAUUCUCGCCAAUAUGUUACAUUGUGUACAUAUGUAUAUUGUUAUUUAAAUAAGUCACGAAUAUAUAUAUAUAUAAAUAUAUUGUAUAAAUAACUGUAUGACUAGUAUUAGGAAGAGGCAGAGUUAUAUAAAGGCAAGAACUACUUCAUCUUGGUUAAGUUUGGUCAAAUGGGGUAUUUAUAUCUAAAAAGUCAUCAAAGGCCGGGGAUUUAGCUCAGUGGUUCCACUGCCUGCCCUGCAAGUGCAAGCCUGAGUUCAAUUCCCGGUACCAAAACAAAAGUCAUCAAAAACCUCAGUGGUGGUUUUUUACUUUUGGUAGAUAAUUAUACACAUUUGAUUUAGGACCUGCCUGAAUGUAUGCACCAGAAAGUGUCCCGCCCUUGACAUAAGGGCCAAGAGAGAUUUGUUCCUGGAGCAGCUAACAAUUAUUCCUGGGCAAUUACUGAUGAAGGGGAGGGCACUGACCCAACCCCAAACUCCCAACAGGUAAUACUGCCAAAGCUGUUCUGGCUGCCACCUGUGACAUUUCUAUGGUUGGAGAUUCAUUUCUGCAUUUGAUUUGGAGCUAAAAUGCACUUUCCUAAUGGCAACCAUGUUCUAACAUACUUAAAUACUCUGGAAAUAAUUCCACAUGCUGGGGGCUAUCCCCUACCAUAGGAAAAUGCAAGUCAAGUUCCAAACCCAGGUCUGAUCUGCAUUUACAGCAGAGCUUUGGAGAAUGCAGAAGAGUAUCAUUAUAAGCUUGAGAAUUCUAUCCCACUUUUCCAGAAAAUAGCUGCUUCACUUAAGGUUAAAAGCAAAAUAUGUAAAGUGAAUAUGAAAAGUGCCUCUUGUGCAUUUCAAAAUUGAAAAGACCAAAUGGACUUGCUACCCCCUCUGUUCUUAUAACUAGUCUAAAGGUCAUGUCUUAUAAGUUUUUUGUCUGCACUACUGCCAACAUUCUAAACAGUUUUAUCAUGCUACUCUCACUUAAUUUGCUUAAGAUAAUCUGGUUUCUGCUGCUUUAUUCAUCAUCUUCAUUAAGCCAGUCCACAAUGAAAUGGCCUAUUCCCACCUCCUAUGUAGCAUUUUCCAUUUUAACGAUUCUGUCUUAUAACAGUAAAUUUUAAAAAAUAUUCACUAGGUAUCAACUAAGGUCACAUGCUGUUAUGUAUGUCUGGUACUUAACGUUUCAAUUUACAUGUCAAUUGAACUAUAUACUACCUGAACUGUUUUUCACCCUUGCAACCCAAUCCUGUGCUAAGUAUAUGGAAGAUGCAUAAUAAAAUGUUUCUUCUCAGAUU